AUGGCCGACCCCUUUGAGGUUCGCAUGAGGUUCACCUCCCAGCUCCAGCAUCUCAAUGCGUCCAUAGCAUCAGCGCAGAAGGCUGCCCAGUAUGCGCUCAAAUACAAAGACAUGGACGAGGACCUGCACUCGUGUAUCCUGGAGCAGGUUGAGCGGAAUAACAUGAACACUCGUGCAAAUAUAAUGUAUUUUAUUGAGCACUUCCUGGAUGCCGCCCACAAGGAUGGCCAUUCUGACUAUAUCCGCAUGAUGCAGAGGGACAUCAUCCGUGUGGUUGAUGCAGUCGCCCCAGAUGACGGCUCAGGUGCUGCAAAUGUCAAAGUAGUACGCAAGGUCUUACAAGCGUUACUUGGGAAGGGCCAUUUGGAGGUCCAGGCCGUCACGCAGAUUGAGGAGGUCAUCAAGGAACGUGAGACGACUGCCGACGACCUUGACAUGGCCUCGCCAAAUGGGGACGUCGAGAUGCCGGACGCCCACCAGUCAGAGACCUCUGCCAAGCAGAACCGCCGCGGUCCGACUCACCACCGUCUGGACAAACGGCAGAUUGAGCAGCGUAUUGAGGAGGACCGUGAGCGCCACAAGAGAGAGCGGGAGCAUAUCUGGGCUGUCCCGGCGUCCGGAGACGCUGAAAUGAAUAAGCUGUGGGACGAGACUAGCGAGUAUGGGGAGGACGACGACAGGAUAUUGGCUGAAGAGGCUGAUGAUUUUGGGAAAGAGAUGGAAGUGUUCAACUGUGGUCACCGCGAAGGCCAAAAUGAUCAUCGGGGGUGA